UUUUGAAAAGAAAAGGUACCGAAAGGGCGUUAGACUAGAUCUAGCGUAACCAAGUCCCCGAGCUUAGAAUCUCUUGUUCGUAGGAAUAAAACAUAUCUCCCUAUGUUUUAUUUAGGUUUCUAAUCGACCUACCACAAAUAGAUUAGUGGCGACUCCAAGCAUGAAAAGUUUUGCAUGUUAAAAACUUAAACCCUAAGUUGCGAAUUGGUAAGGGCUUGGGAGGGCCCGAGUUAAGCUUAGACUUAAUAAUCCAUUAGCCUGAGAAAUUUUAGGUCGCGACAGCUUGGCGACUCCACUGGGGACUUGAGUUAAAACUCUUAGUGGACUUAGGCCGAAUUUUCUCUUUUUGAAAAAAUAUUUUUGUUUGGCAGCGAGGAUUCCAGGUACGUCCCUAACGUUUAAGGUGUUAAAUGUUUUUGCAGAAUGGGAGUUAUAAGGGGUGGAGUGUUUGUUAACCAUUUUCUUGCAGGGAGGUGUUGAGAUUGGAUGUUUUAAUUUUGAUAUUGAAGCGCUGUUUGCACAUGAUCUAUUGUGCAUGCCUGUGCAUAUUCACUACACUCUAGCACACACAACCUGUCGCCGGACCUGGGCCGCAUAGGAUCACCUAGGAUGGUAUUGAGAUGGAUACCACUCCGACCGUCCGCCCGCGGUACGAGUUGCCCAUCUCAAUCCCGAUAUUUCUUUCUUGAUGUCAAAGAGAUUACCACCCCGGUCUGCAUGCCCGCGACAUGGGUCGGCUCUUUGACGAUGCCGGAGUUACGAGGACCCGACUUAGUCCGCAUGCCCGCGGCUAGUCCGAUCAUCCUUGUGGCUCCACUUUGUUAAACCUUCUAGAGUAGAAAUCGAGCCACGUAGCAUGCGUAUGUCUAUGUGAUUGCCACCCGAUUAUUGGUAAAGUAAGUCCUUUGAACUUUUUCUUUGCAAUUUAUUUACUUUAUCGUAUUGUUUUGUCGGUCCAUGACAUUAGGUUGAUCGCAAGUCUUGGUCAAUAUACAAUGGGAAAUUCCGACAUUCGACUUAUUCUCCCUCCCAAGAAGGAACUCAACGCGUGGUGGGACAAGCUAGACCGAGCUAGUCGUGAGUUCGUGGAAUCAACAAUUGGCCGACUCCUCCCUCUGUUGCGUAUCAACAUUCAUGGCGGCCUCAUUCAAGCACUUGCCCAUUGUUGGUGUCCAGAGACAACUACCUUCGUCUUUGGUAAGCAUGAGCUCACUCCGACCUUGGAAGAAUAUAGCAUUGCCAUUGGAAAACCUUUGGAAUUAGAAUUAAUUAGUCCACCUAUCGGAAUAAAUCCUGUCUCGAUUUUAUCUGAUUUUCUGAGAAUCAAGGAAGAAAAGAUAAGAAAAAUUUUGAAAGGUCACCGCAAUACUUGCCCAUUUUCAUUUCUUGAUGAAUGUUUUCAAAAUGGCACUUCAUUUCAAAUGAGAAGGAUUUUCCUAUUAGCUUUCUUUGGAUUUAUAUUUUUCCCUCACUGUAAGAAUGCUAUUAAUCCUUUGAUUGCUAAGUUAGUAGGGCAAGUGUGUAGGGGAAUGAACUUUGUUAAUGCCCUCCUGGCAGAAACUUUUCUUUCCCUUUCUCGAUUUAAAGAAAAUGGUGACAAAAUCUUUCAUGCUUCUCCUGAGCUUUUGCAAAUUUGGUUCUUAUCUCAUUUAAAAGGGUUUGGUGGUUUAAUGAUUAUACGUGAAGUUAGCAACUCUGAUCACCCUAUCAUGAGAUUUGAGAAUAAACAAAAACAUGCACCGGAUUAUCAUUAUUCCAAUUGGUUGGCUUUUUUUAAAAAUCCAAAGUCCAAGUGUUUCCUAUGGCAUUCUAAAUGGUUCCAAGUUCGUGAGGCCAGACUCACAUGUGGACGUGUUGGCCCAAUCCCUUUACUGGGAUUCACUGGGGCAAUGGAAUAUUACCCGACUAGGGUGACUCGCCAGUAUCAAGUGGUGCAAGAGCUUCCCCCAGCUUUGAAGCAAGCUGAUUCAAUUCGAGUCGACUUCACUGACGGAGACCUCGACCAUGAGGAUAGCAUUUCUUUAAUCAAGUCGCUGUGGGAUAUGUGCCAUCCACAAAUGCUCAUAUGGCCCGAAAAAGAAUUAGAGGGUAAAGAAAGAAAGUACUAUGCUACGGCUGAAUACAUUCGACGACACAAGAUUCCAGAUAAUUUACUCCAGAAAAUACCAAUGGUGCCUGAGAAGAUCACCAACCGUGCUGAGAAAAGAUGUCUCAAGAGAAAAGCUUAG